AUGACAAAUGAGCAAAUCAUUCAGGAUUCAACCAUCAACAUUUCCCAUCUUAACCCAACGGACACUGGAAAUUACGUCUGUCAAGCCGUUUUCAACAAUGCUAUCCAUUUCUCGCAAUCUACAUAUGUUUUUGUAAAAGGUACAAAUCUAUUUUUGGGUAGUUACAGCAAAGCAUUGACUCUGCACAGAAAAGUGGAUCUUUUUGAUUUUAUUGUUCCAUGCCGUACGACAAAGCCGAUAGAAGCCGCUAAAAUGAAGCUUUUUGUGAACAAUGUGGAAUGGUUGGCAUUGUGCGGAUCUGAAAAUCGAAGUGUUUCCGUACUCUCGCGGGGACCAAAUAAUCGAAAUCUGAGGGAUUUCCGCUCACAAAACUGUUCUCAACUUUGGGAAUAUUACAAUCCUAGAACGGGUUUCAACAUCUCAUCACUUUCAUCAGCAAUGCAAUGGAGUCAGCUCAAUAAUAAAAGGUUCCGAUGCGAAUACGAACAAGAGAAUGUGGAAUUUUCAAUUUGGGUCACACGAACAAUCACGAAGUACAAGGUCUAUCUUGAAGCCACAAUAAUCUACAAUAUGAGAACAGUUGUUGUUUGGGGUCGACAACUUUUCGAUGCUCUAACGCAUAUGUACAAAACGCAUAGCUACAUUCAUCGGGACCUAAAACCGGAAAACAUCUUUGUCACGGAAGGUUUCUUGUUGAAAAUUGGCGAUUUCGGGCUAGUGAAGCACAUCCGCAAAACGUGUGCUGGGACAUAUGCGGGAACCGAGAGAUAUAUGAGUCCGCCGGAUACGCCCAAACGGGCUAGCCCGCCGGAUGUCGAAUGGCCCAGCCCGAAGGAAGCCUUGGGCACUUCGAAAUUACCACCGUUACCAAUAAUAGAGAAGGAUCGUAAAAGACUUCUGCGACCAAUCGAUCGUCAAGAAUUUCAGACAUCAGUAAGCACCGCCUCUUCACUCUCUCCUCCUAAUAUUUCUAAUGGUCUUUUAAAUCUA